UAUCCUUGUUGGCUAAAUGGAAAGAGCCAAUCAAAUUCACGGAUACUAGCAUGUGGAAGCCGCUACCUAGGAAAACCCAGUUGCUACAGCAUCGUCUUUGGUGUAUAACCAGGAAUAAAUAAUGGAGGAAAUAGACGAAUCUCCCCCCAUUUCUGAAGACCUGGUUGCCUGCAAAAUAUGUGGCAGGAAUUUUUUUGCAAGGGUUCUUAAAAAACACGUACCCAUCUGCCAGAAGGCUGCAGCAAAACGUAGAAAGGUGUUUGACUCCAGCAGGCAAAGGGCCGAAGGCACCGAUAUUUCUACACUCAAACCUAUAAAACCAAAGUUACACAGUUCUACCAGCAGCUCUAAGUCUGAUAAACCUGAACCACCCAAGAAACAGUCCAACUGGCGUCGGAAGCAUGAAGAAUUUAUCGCCACCAUUCGAGCCGCCAAGGGCUUAAAUCAAGUAAUGAAAGAUGGAGGACCUCUUCCUCCACCGCCUCCUCCAUCCUACGAUCCAGAUUAUAUCCAGUGCCCGUAUUGCCAGCGGCGCUUUAGUGAGAAUGCAGCGGAUCGCCACAUUAAGUUCUGCAAGGAGCAAGCAUCACGGAUCUCCAAUAAGGGCAAGGUUACUGGAACGGAGAAAGCAAAGCCUCCUGCCAGGACUCAGUUUAAAGCUCCUCCACCAAAGAAGGUCAAUUCUCCGGCCAUGCCCGCUGUCUCUUCUCGUCUCCCACAGCGCUCUGCUUGUGGACAGGUUGCUGGAACAGGCAUUCCAAGCAGCAAAACCUCUUCCAUCGGUUCUGUAAGAAGCAUCUCAUCGGGAUACUCUUCUUUACGAACCACAUCCUCUGGCCUGACCAGCCCACCCUCCGAAGCGAACAUGAAACCCAAAGGCUUGGUUUCGCAAAGCUCCCUGAAAAAUCCCACCUCUGGAAUCGGGAUGAACAAGAAAAAGAUCCAAAAUGCUGACAACUGUAUUUCAAGGAAUGACUUGAAAAGCGAGAACGAUAUAAAUUACUCCACGGCGGGCACCAAGUUUUGCCAUGAGUGUGGGACCAAGUACCCAGUGGACUGGGCCAAGUUCUGCUGUGAGUGUGGGGUUAAAAGGAUGUGCAUUAAUUAGUAGUUGUGUAGUAAUAGAUGGAAAGACUGACUCACUGUAUCCUCACUGAUGCUGAAUACUCCUUUCCAGUCCUCUAAAAUACUUGGAAAAUGUUUGCUGUACAUUUGCUCCUCCUCUCCUUCUGCUCAUUUUUUAUAUGAAAGUGCAAUAUGAUUGGCUACUGCAACUAAAUGAGUAUUAUUUGGUCAAAAUUAGGCCUUUAAAGGGAUAGUUCGGCCAAAAACGAUAUUAAACCCAUGAUUUACUCACCCCCAA